AAAAGACCCAGCCGCCCAGCCGAAGAAAGGCCCGGCGACCGGUGGCUUCAGCCCACCCAAAGGACGCGGCCGGAGAUACAGGGGGUAUCUCUUGCCAGCUGCUUGCAGCAGGGAGGAGCGGGCUCGCAAGGGGAGAUAAAUGUCCGUGGGGCCGUUGUUCUGAGAUAAUCUCCUUCGUUCUAGGAAGAAGUCUGUAUUUCUGGGUGCUAGACCUGGCCGUAGCUAUGCGCGCUACUGCCUCUUUUUCUGACCUGAGGCUCUUGUGGCGCUCUACAAAGGGAAGCAGUUGCCGAUGCUCGUUCUGUACGUAGGGAAACUACAGUCCUGAGAACAAAGUUAAUUGCCCCGGGCUGUGCAGCUCAUUAGUGGGAGGAAAGCCCAACACCUGCGGUUGCUCGAGUCUGCCGCCGCCAGCGGAAUGAUCCUCCGCUAGUGUAAUUCUGGUGGUGUUUUACUUGCUUGUGCUGUUCUUCUGCGAGGGAAUAUUUUUCCCGCACUUUACUGCUUUAACAUCUGUCGCUUGCUGUGCGCGUAGGCACAGCCGUUACUUUUAUUUUUGUCCACAGAACCUCUGAAUAGAGCUCCCGUCUCACAGAGGAUAAGUAACUCUUAUUUGCCAAUAACUGUAGAUUUUUCCAGCGGCACGGUGAAAUCCUACUGGCUUCUCCCAGAUUUGCAGUAUCAGUAAAAUUGACACUCCUAGAAAAAGCACAGGGCACCCGGCGCGCGAUACAACUCGUUCUUCCGUUCCUGAGCAAUGGGAGGAUGCUUUUGCUUACCUUUCUGCCCGAGCAGGCGGUCGCAACCCGUAGAGGUGAAACCGAGCCUCUCAAAGCUAGGCAGGUAAACGCUGUCUAUGAGUAAGGGUGCCGAGGCGGUGUAGAGAAAUAGAGUUUCUGACUGGGGGACAGCUCGCGACCUUAAUAACACGGCUGGAAGUAGAGCAUGCGAAUCCUGACACGUAGUAUUCUGCUGUCAUCGCCCUUCAUAACUCGAUAAAUGCUUUGCUUUGCCCUGCCGUGUCUGUACUUGGAUCGCAAUGGUACUGGACAGGGGGAGAUGUUAUUCUGCCACUUAGUUGAUAAAAUAAGUUCUUUGGUGAAAUGCUCUGGUCACGGUAGGAGUUCACGUGGUUCAAGGAGUUUGUCCCUACGAGUGAUUUUCCUUAGGGCUACUCAUUUCUAAUGCUUUCGACGUAGAGAAUGUAGCGGUCACGCAUGCCUGACCAUCGAAGAAUGGCAGCGUCCUCUCUAGCUCCUAUAUUGAUGAUGUGCUCUCGGUAUGGGGUUUUGCUUUCUGCUUCAUUGCAGCUGGCCCGGAUUCAGACUGACAGCGUGGUCGAGAUGCUCCGUGAGCUAUACCCCGACCUCCACUUUGAGAUCGUUGCCAUGUCAACAACCGGAGACAAGAUCUUGGACACAGCACUUUCCAAGAUUGGGGAGAAGAGCCUCUUCACCAAAGAGCUGGAAAAUGCACUCGAAAGAAAUGAAGUCGACCUCGUGGUUCACUCCUUGAAGGACCUGCCAACUUCUCUUCCUCCUGGCUUUACCAUAGGCGCUGUCUGCAAAAGGGAAAACCCGCUCGAUGCUGUUGUCUUUCAUCCCAAAAACUGUGGGAAAACGCUGAGCCUCCUUCCCGAAAAGAGUGUGAUUGGAACCAGUUCGCUUCGGAGAGCGGCCCAGCUCAAGAAGAAGUUCCCUCAGUUAGAAUUCAGGGAUAUUAGAGGGAAUUUAAAUACCCGCUUAAAGAAGCUAGAUGAGAAGGAAGACUUUGGUGCCAUCAUCCUGGCUGCUGCUGGGUUGAAGAGAAUGGGCUGGGAGAAUCGCAUUGGCCAGCUCCUAAGCCCUGAAGAUUGUCUGUACGCUGUUGGACAGGGUGCCUUAGCGGUGGAAGUUCGUGCCAAAGACCAAGAGAUACUGAACAUGGUAUCUGCCCUGCAUGAUGCAGACACUGUGUUACGCUGCAUCGCUGAGAGAGCCUUCAUGAAACGCUUGGAGGGUGGGUGCAGCGUCCCUGUUGCUGUCAACACCAUGCUGAAAGAUGGCCAGUUGUAUUUGACAGGAGCAGUCUACAGUUUGGAUGGAUCUGAUAGCCUGAAGGAGACUAUGCAGACCAGUGUUAAUUAUCCCCAACAGAAUGAAGAUGGACCGAAUGAUGAUGUGCAGCGUGUUGGCAUCACGGCCAAGAACAUCCCUGGUCAGGCCCAGGAAGCUGCAGAGAACCUUGGUGUUGAACUAGCUAGUUUACUUCUGAGCAAGGGAGCCAAGCAUAUCCUUAGCGUGGCGAGGCAGCUCAAUGAUGCCCGCUGAACCUGUGGUGCGGUCGGCACGAUUGCUACAACUCGAGCCAAGUCUUCACAGCUAGACUGUCAUCCUUCUUCGGAGGAGGGGACUGACUUAAGCAUUCACGCCCAUCUUAUCUGAUGUUUGGGCACCAAAACUUGAAAUAGGAAGUUGACUAACUUGAGUAAUUUACGCUAUUCGGGGUUUUCAUCCCUCCCCACGUUUCUUUACAUGGCAAAGCGGCUCUGAAGAUUUUUGAUGAUCUUUGUAGCUAGGUUUAAAAAAAACCCAUUUUUUUUAAAACCCCCUAAUAAACCUGCAAGCCUUCUCCUGUUCUGUUUAGGAACAAGGCACUUGUUACAGAUUAUAAUCAGACUCAACUGUGACAGUACUAAAAGCGCUGUACUGUGCUGACCGGACUUUCGGUAGUCGUUAAUGUUAUUUUGGCCUGUUCAGUCAUUGGAAUGCUGAAGGGGAGGACUGAGGUUCCUCAUGGUACCGCAGGUGCCACGUUCACCAUUGCUCUUGGUUAAGGUAAGAAAUUUGCAAAUUUGUCCAUCAACUGGUCAUAAAUUAGGAAGUUGGUGGAUAGCUAGUCCGCUUUCCCUUGUACGCUUGUCUACAGGGGUUAAUAUGAGGGAGUCAUUCAUCUAUGCUAACUGGUCAACGGGGAGCUGAAGAGGAAGCCCAAAUUUGGGUUAUUGUGCCUUCCUCUGUAACCAUUAGCCUUUUCCUUUCGCACCCGCUACUGAGUCACCACCCUCUCGGUGGGGCUUGCGUACUACAGUGCCUUGUAGAAACACUGAAACGGUGCCUUACCGGGCUCCUGUUUGGGAAAUUAAGCGUUGUUUAUUGUCUAUGCAAUGUCUGCUGAAUGUAACAGACGAUAAAUGCUGUGAGAUUACAA